UGAAUUGUCAGUUACCUGUGCCUAGAGCUCUAUGCUCUAUGUACCUUGAACUGUACCUGGGCCCAUAUCCAAUGUUUGCGAUAAUCCCGCUUGGCGGUUGGCUGUGAUUUUUCUUUUUUUCUUCAUGCCUAUACUCUUUCUUACUACAGAUUGUGAUUUCGAGUGGCGGUAACAAUAAACAAUAAUGAAUUGAUGCUAGACGACAGUGUUCUAUUAUUGAAGUAGUGUCUACCUGUGGGAGUGUCUCUUUGAAAAUAUGACGAUAUUUGCAUCAUUUAAUGCAAAUACGUAAAUUGUUGCUGCAAAUCAUGGGGAAAAACAUGUGCAAUUAAAACGAAAAAUAGGUUAACCCAAUUUCUCAGAGUCUUUUGAGCAUGAUUUUUUGGUUGAAGAGUUUCUGCACAAAAAAAUUGAAUCAAUUUCCCAAAGCAGAUUUCAGAGUUCAUACACUAUUUUUGAUCCAACCAUGCAUUUACUGUAAAUAAAAAUCAUUGGCUUUUGCUUUCAAACUCGAAUUUGACCUACCUGCCAAGCAAACAAAUGAAGUCAAUACUGUGUUUAACUCACUUACUUGGCUUGAGAUGUAAUCGUCGGAAAUUUUCACUCAAAUGCUUGGAGGAGCAGGAAACCAUCCUGAAGAAAUAUUCCAGGCACUGAGCAUGUUCGUCGGUGCCGAGAUUAGGAUCUUCUUUAUCUUCUUGAGCAAUAGAGAGAAAACGACACAUCCUGAACAAAACGAACUUCAGGUGGCAGUUCAACUUCGUCAAGAGAAUGAGACAGACACGUUCAAGCAGAUUUUGGGGCCUAAUGCGCCUAAGUUUCUGGGCCUGGCUCAUGGUGACCUCAGCUACUCCCUUGGGUGGGGGGAGUAAAGACAAUACUGACAGCAAUAUCGACAUUAAUAACAAUGGUCACUACGAUGGACAUUCAUUGGAGUCCACAAAGCAAGGAGAGCAAGAGCCAAGACAGUUGGACCUUUGGAGAGGGAGGAGCGGAGAUCAAGCCUUCAUCACUUUGACCCAGACUGUCACCUCGAGUUUAACGAUAACGAGCACUCUCACGACUUUCAGCUCUUGUUUUACUACCCUGGUGGCCAAUAUUCCUGUUUGCUCCUCUUCCAAUUUGAGUGGAAAGCGAAAGCGAAGGAACAUUCAGGUCAUCGAAGAAGCCGUUCCUCAUCUCCUCAUUCAGAACAAACCCCAGGACUUUCAACCCUUCAUUAGAGCCUCAAGGGCUUCUAAUUUCAACGCCAGUGAAGGCCAGGAAUUGACAAAUCAGGGCACCGCCAACGACGCGAUCCUCAUGGACGAACCCUUGAUCCCGGAGGUACACGAGGAGCCACUGGAAGCUCUUGAGUGGAUCCAGUCCUCCAAGGGACCUCUCAGUAACGGAUUCAGCAGUAGGAAGUUGUGUUGGUUUGGCUGCUUUGUCACCACGGUUACCACCACUUCAACUGUCGUGGUCCAAUCCACAGCCACGAUAUUGGGUGCCACGCAAACUUUGGCCUUUACCACUCCGGGGUGUUUUCCUAGUAGUGCCCUGAACUCCCUGCAAGUGCCCAGUUGUUGAAGGUACCACAUUCACAAAUAUCGUCUUUCUAGUAGCAAAUAAAGUUAUGCAGAUA